AUGGCUAUGGUCGACCUACCUAGCGAAUGGCACGAAGAGGCGGCCGAGACCCACGCAGAGAUGUACGAGGUCACGCCAGAGUACGUGAACCUGCUUACUGCUCCGACAGAAAGCUACCUAUGUGAUUUGGAGCACAACAUCUACAACCUUCAGUUUGUUGAUUUCAGAAUCCGGUCGUUGGACGAGGGCAACGAAGGGGUGCUUUUUGAUCUUGGUGCUGGCGACCGUCCGUCUCCGAUUCCACCAGAGCUCAGCGAGGUAGCACACGACACUGGUCCUGGUUCGGUGGAAGAGCACGGGUUCCUCGACAUCCAAACGAUUGGUACAACUCUUGAGUUCACCAAUGGUGACUAUGAGGUGCAAAACUUCCGAAUGAUCGAGCGACAUUACUUUCGUGAUCAGCUGAUUACUAGCUAUGACUUCACGAUGCCCUUCGUAAUCCCGAACACCAGGAAUACUUGGGAGAUGAUUUAUACCAAACCGGAGCUCAGUGACGAGUGGAAGGAAGCACUGAUCAGUAGCCCCUGGGAAGUUCGAUCUGAUAGCUUCUACUUUGUCGACGGGCGCCUCGUGAUGCACAACCGUGCAGAAUACAACUAUGGGUAUUGA